GUGCCAUUUAGCUACAGUAUACUUUAUGAAGAGAAGUUCAACAAAUUAAUGUAACUGAGGGGGACUGAAAGAUGGAUAAAAGCUUCUGUAGGGUAAUCUUCAGACAGGAAAUCUGAGAUUCAUAACAACUUAUAUUUUGGCUUGUCAUCACUGGUCAUGCGGUGGUCCCGAAAUAAACUCAGCUUGAAAGAGGAGUGUUUCAAAGCUGCGCUGUAACACAUUGAGACACUCGGGGAAAGGAGAGAGAUGAAAAAUUAGGGUUUGAGGUGGGAGAGGAAGGGGAAGGAAAGCAAUGAAUAUCUGAAGACACAAUCAAGGAAGUCCUUCUUUUGGGGGCAUUGUUCUCUUGUUUCAGAACCUCACAGACCGGGGGAGGAUGGCCAUGGAGAUCACUGCACCAAGUGCCCAGAAAGCUAUCGGGCACGAAGAGUACAGUCUGUACAGCAGUAUGAGUGAGGAUGAACUUAUCCAAAUGGCCAUCGAGCAGAGCCUGACGGACAGCUCCCCUGGGCAGCCAGCUGCCCCAAGCUGUCAGAAAGCUCGGACGGCGGCGAGAGAAACGGCUGCGGCCAAUCGCUCCAACAGGCCACCUGCCCAUUUUUACCCAUGGACCAGGUCUGCAGCUCCUUCGGGGACCCAGCCUCCGCCUCCCAAUGUGGGCUUGUUUCAAGGGGUCAGGCAAAGAUACAACGGCAGCCUGUUCAAGACCCCCCAGCCUGUAGUCAUAGAUCCCGUGGUGAAGGCCAUCAAGGAUGGUGAUGAGAAUGCCUUAACUUCCAUGAUCCAGUCGGGCAAAAACCUCUCUGAACCCAACAAGGACGGAUGGCUCCCUCUGCAUGAAGCUGCCUAUUACGGCCAGUUGGGCUGUCUGAAAAUAUUGCAGAAAACAUAUCCUGCUGUUAUCGAUCAACGCACCCUUCAGGAGGAAACGGCCCUUUACAUAGCGACCUGCAGGGGAAACCUAGACUGCCUCCUGACGCUUCUGCAAUGUGGAGCUGAGCCUGACAUCUCUAACAAGUCCCGGGAGACCCCGCUCUACAAAGCUUGUGAGCGGAAGAAUGUGGACGCUGUCAGGAUGCUGGUACAGUACAAUGCUGAUACCAACCAUCGAUGCAACCGUGGCUGGACUGCUCUCCAUGAAUCUGUGGCCCGGAAUGACUUGGAAGUCAUGGAAAUUCUGGUGAGCGGAGGUGCCAAGGUGGAAUCCAAGAAUGCAUAUGGCAUUACCCCUUUAUUUGUGGCUGCCCAGAGUGGACAGCUGGAUGCACUGCGAUUUCUGGCUAAGCAUGGUGCGGACAUUAAUACGCAGGCCAGCGACAGUGCCUCAGCCCUCUAUGAAGCUUGUAAAAAUGGGCAUGAAGACGUGGUGGAGUUCCUCUUGUCUCAGGGAGCGGAUGCCAACAAAUCCAAUAAGGACGGGUUGCUGCCUCUUCAUAUUGCCUCCAAACGAGGCAAUUACAAGAUUGUUCAGAUGCUGCUUCCUGUGACCAGCCGCACCCGUGUCAAGCGCAGUGGGAUAAGCCCCCUUCACCUGGCUGCCGAGAGGAAUAAUGAUGAUGUGCUAGAGGAGCUCUUGGAUGCUGGCUACGACGUCAAUGCCACCCUGUCCCCCGAGAGGUCCCGGUUGUACGAGGACAGGCGGAGCACUCCCCUGUACUUCGCUGUUAUCAAUAACAACAUCUACGCUACUGAAAUGCUCCUACAGGCGGGGGCAAGCCCCAACCUGGACAUCAUCAACCCUCUGCUCAUCUCCAUCCGCCAUGGCUGCCUCAAGACGAUGCAGCUCCUGCUGGACCAUGGGGCCAACAUCGAUGCCUACAUCUCCAGCCAUCCCACCACCUUCCCAGCCACUAUCAUGUUCUCCAUGAAGUGUCUUUCACUUCUGAAAUUCCUCAUGGACCUAGGGUGUAAUGGCGAUUCCUGCUUCACCUGUCAGUAUGGGAAUGGCCCCCACCCAGCCACACAGACCACAUCAAGCAGGUUCAAUGAGAUGCCCUUGGACAAGUCACCCACCGUCAUCCAGUUCUGUGAAAUCAUCUCUGCCCCUGAGGUCAGCCGUUGGGCGGGACCCAUCAUUGAUGUUCUCCUGGAUUACGUUGGGAAUGUGCAGCUGUGUGCCAGGCUGAAGGAACACAUUGAGAGCUAUGAAGAUUGGGCUGUCAUCAAAGAAAAAGCAGAGCCGCCAAGGCCCCUGGCUCACCUCUGCCGUCUGAGGGUUCGAAAGGCGAUUGGGAAAUACCGCAUCAAACUCAUAGACACUUUGCCGCUCCCUGGCCGGUUGAUCAGAUAUCUGCAGUAUGAUAAUUCUCAGUAAUUUACACAUGUUGGAGGAAGGCAGAGCUUCCUUUGAGUUUCUCCACAGCACAGUGAUUAAGUACCAGGAUGAUGGUGGCUUCCCAGUGACGAUGGUCAAUUGACAGGACAGUCCUCGGGUUCACAAGGAUUACAGCUAUCCCAUCACUGUGGCCAGCACAUAGACUUGCGUUGGUGGGGCCACAGUCCAAGAGCAAAGAGGGAAAACAAAACAGCUAGGUGGGCUGGGGGAGGGGGAAGGGGGAGGGAGCAAGUGAGACUUACACAAACGCUGCCAUGACUGGAUUUCCAGACUAGAAGACAGGUUUAUUGACUUAUCCCCAAUGUUGGCACAAGUAGAAACUGGUACGAAAGAAAACUUCUCACUUCAUAGGUUUUCCAAGCCUUUGGGGGUGCGGCCAAGGUGAAAGGAGUCUCAAGAAGUCCAGGAAAUACAGAAAAACGAAAGCAACAUUUGCCUGGUAUGCCGUGAUAUAGUUGUUAAAGAUUAGAAUAACCCAUUAGCCUUUCACAGUAUCUCAGCAGAUUUCAGUAGAUUAACUUGGCUUCAUUUUCCCUCUCUCUCCUGCCUCAAAUCUUUGGUAAAUCUUUUACUUUACUUCAAGAAUCACGAAACCUCAGAGUGGGAAGGGACUUCUGGUCUAACCUCACGUGCUAUGCAGUAAUUCUUUGUGCAAUGUCCCUGAUAAGUAAUAUCAGGUAAUAGAAGCAUAGACAUGGCGUCCGAAUGUUGGGAUCCCAGAUUCACCACUUAAGGGCAGUGAGAAUGCGGGCAAGUCAUUCCCUGCUCUGGGUCUCAGUAACUUCCAUUGUAAGAACAGUGGUUGGCCUUCCUGCUCUGUGAGAUUCCUUCCAUCCUUUGCAUCAUAUGCUUCUGCUUUAAAUCUGGCACAUUUUUCUCCAAUCCAAACCUGAUGAUCACUUCUGCUUUCAUUUUGAGUACCACCUAGUGGUUCCUUGUUGUGGUGCGGUCAUGUUGCUGAACCUCUUAAAGAUCUAAGAGCAUUUUAAAAAAUAAAUCUUCCCCAACGAGACUUAAUCCCCCCCCAUCUCAUAGCCUGUGCCCUCGGUUUCUUCCUUUUCUGCACUCAAUUUUUUUCCUUCUCAGCUUUCUUCUCAAUACAUUGUGAUUGGAGAUUGGGGACUGUGGUGAAUUGUUCGUCUAAAAGUUUUGAUAGAUACAGAUGGAUGCCUCCUACAUGAGACCCGACACCUGUCAGCAAUUUUUCCCCCUGCCUAACUUAAUUUUUUAAUAUAAACGUUUUAUUGGUGUUCUUCAUCACUGUCCCUUCCUAAAGAUUCACUCCUCUUACCCUAAAGAACCCUCCUUUGUAUCUUCAUGUCAUAGCUAGGAUCUAUGGGGGUCACAUUGUAUACCAACGUCACCUUUGGAAGCCUCUUAAAUAUAUUUAUUCACAGAGAUACAAUAGUCUUCAUUCCCUCACAUCUGUUCUUCUACAGGAGUCAAGACACUGGAAAAAACCAUAAAACAUACACUUAACACUUAGCGUAUGUUAUAAGCAAAGGUACUGUGAUGAUUACAGGGCUUUCCUGGAGCUCUAACAAUGAUAAUAAUGCUUUGAGGUUUACAAAAUGUUUUCUAUAUGUCAAUUCAUUUGACCUUCACAACAAUUCUGUGAAGUAGCUACUAUUACUACCCCAUUUUACAAAUGGGGAAAGCUGAGGCUGGGGGAAGUUAAGUAACUUGCCCAGAGUCACAGCAUUUAAGCAUCUGAGACUGAACUCAAACUCAGUUCUUUCUCACUCCAAAGCCAGCACUUUAUCCACUGUGUCCCCUCACUUCCUGAUCUCACGCAACACGUAUGCUGGUUGGUGAGGCCCAUGUCCGCUGCAGUUAUGUUUCCUUUUCAGCCCUCCCUGUGCUCAUUCCCAAUGAAUGGAAGAGCUUAAUUAAUCCACUCCUCGUGCCGUUUGCUCUGUUUUGUCCUAAAACUGCUUGCAUUUGCAUAGAUCUUUCUGUAAUAACAUUCGAGAGGUAAGUUCUUGUUUUAUUUGUAUGAGACUCUUCCAAGUUGUUAGAUGAAAGGAAACGGGGGCAUCGCCAUGUGAUGAGGGGCAGUGUGAGGUUGUAGAAAAGGCACUUGGACAUGAAGAAGUUCCAGGUUUUGGUUCCAGUGCUGCCUGCUAGCAAUACUCACUCGUCCUCUCCUCUGGGCCUCUGUUCCUUUAACAGUAAAAUGAAAGAGUUGGAGAUGAUCUAUCUCUAAGAACUCUUCUGUUUCAGAUAUAUUAGCAGUCUCUGAACCCUAGUGUCUGGGUGAAGAGAAGCAUUGAGUUUGUGAUAGGUUAGUAGUAAUGCUUGCUAUCAAAGCAUAAAACCAAAUGCAUGUAUAAAGUACUUGUUUUGAAUCUUUUAGUGGCAAGGGUCUUUAGAGGUCAUCUAGCUCAGCUCCCUUAUUUUAUAGAUAAGGAAACUGUGGCCUAGAGAGGGUGACUUGCCAAAGGUCCCAUAAAGAGUUGGAGCAGAAACUACAGUCUCUCUAACAGAUUUAAAAAUUAACUCCCAAACCAACAACUGUAUUUUCCAAAGGCUAAAAUUUAAUUUGCAUGACUCCAUUAGAUGUCCAAUGGUGUCAUGAGCUUGUAGAUGAGAAAACAUUGCCUACAAAACACCAACACUGUCCCUUAAAGGAUUUAACUUCCCUCCUUGCUAUACAGAAAAGCAACAGCAACAAGUAGGAAGGUAAAAAGUUCUGCCACAGGAACCCAGGAAAGGGAUAACUCAAGAAUUGUCUUAUGGGAUAUAUCGGUGGGUGGGGAGGGAAAAAGACGGCCUGUUGAAUCAUGCAGACUAUUUAGAAUUAUGGAAUUUUUCAGACUAGAAACCUUUUGUAAUAUUGUCACUUUAAAAUCUUCAGAGACUGUCAUGUUCUAUGUCUUGCAGCCAUAUAAUAACACCAAUUGAAUAUUGUUAUUAAAAAGAUGGACUUUCAUUUGGGGGGAAAGUUUGUAGUCAUUAAAAAAAAGUUUUGCAAUUUCCUAAAGGAAAUCCACUCUCCUUUUGUUUAAUUCUGGACUCAUCUUAUUAUCUAUUUUUACUCUCCAUAGGUUGUCUAUCCAACUGCAUGUCAUAAUUUGAACAAUAGACUUGGUUUUUCCCCUGUAAAUUGUUAGACCAAAUUCAAAUUUGAGAGAGCUUGAGUUUUCGUAUACUGAGUUAGGUAAAAGUUACAUUUUUUUUUUAGAAUUAAGAAUUAGAAACUAAUUAGAGAAUAAAGAUCCUCUCCAAUCUGAAGGCAGGAAUCCCACUUCUCAGUGUUUCUUCACACAUGUGCCUGUGCCAUCAGAGAGAUAGAUACAAGGGAUGAUGAUUUCUUGAAAUUUUUCUUACCUUCCAAUUUAUUCUGAUCAUAUGACCAUAAAAUGUUGGAGUGAAAGGGAUUUCUUAUCCAAUUGUUUCAUUUGACAAAUGAGGAAACCCCAGCAUGCUUCUUCCAUACACCUACUUUAAGCUCAUCUUUCCUGGAGAUACAGGAAGAACACUCCAUGAGAUUUAUAACUGGAAGGCACCUUGGGGAUCAUAGAGUUCUGCCUUCUCAUUUGUCAGAUGAAUAAACUGAGGCACAGAGCAAUUAAGUGACUUGCCCAAAGCCACAGGAGAUCCAAGAUUUGAACCUAGGUGGUCUGAUCCCAAAGUCAGCCCUCUUUCCCUUACACCAUGCUGGUUCUUGCUGUCACCAGUUAUGAGAGAUUAUUUUCUUCCACAAAGACCUGAUGACAGGUAAGUCUAUACCCACUAAAGUUAUAGGGGUUCAGCAGAGAUCUCUUUGUGGUAGAUUCAUUUCCCUGGUCUUGCAGCUUUCCGAGCUCUAUGAACCCUUGGAUAGGACAGAAGGAGUAGCAAUUUCAUUGUACCACGAAGAGCAGGGAUCUAGUUAGUGGUAGUGGUGGUAAGGGCGCAGUGUUGCAUGAGCCAUGCCAGUCUUAGGACUGCUAUACUUUUUUGUACCAAAGAUAACACUUUUGGGCUGGAAGAAGGAUGUGCUUUGGGGGCUUUUGGGGUGCUAAAUCUCUUCAAAAUGCUUUCCACGACUUUCUCCCACGUGAUUUAUAAGUAUGUACUAUAAUAUUGUAAAUCUGGACAACGGGCUAGUAAAUAGCUUUGGAACACUA